AUGUCCGAAACGAAUCUCGGCGAAGUGGCUGAACCCCUGAGCUUCGGUAUGAUCUCGGGAUUCUGUAGUGGCUUUUUCUUGAAAAAGGUCGGCAAGGCGGCAGCGGUGACCUUUGGUGUGGUUUUUGUAACAUUCCAGGCAGCUGCUCAGGCAGGGUAUGUGAACGUCAAUUGGGAUGCUGUACAGCGUGACGUGAUGAGGGGUCUCGAUAUGGAUGGUGACGGCGAAGUUACUGAAAUGGACGCACGGGAGGCAGUGGUACGGGCGGUUAACUAUCUCACGGAAAACACAGGGAUUGCUGCGGGAAGCUUCAUGGCUGGCUUCAUCCUGGGUGUUAGAAAAGGAUAA